GCAUUGCUCUCCAGCCUGGGCAAAAUAGUGAGACCUUGUCUCACAAAACAAAAAUCUAACAAUUAUUGAGUUGUUGUUGUAGGAACUAUUCUGAAUACUUCACCUAGUUUCUCAUUUAAGCAUGACAAUUGUGAUAGCUACUAUUGUCAUCUUUACUUGAUUAAUGAGGAAGCUGAGGCACAGAAAGGCAAAGCAAUAGUUGGUAAGUGACAGAGUUUAAAUUAGGACUCAAGCCCUAGUUGAACUGAAUCCAAAGACUAAGCUUUUUCUAUUCAAAUAGGCUGCUGAUUUCAUCAAGGUAGUGAGCAAUAAGAGCUAAUAAGUAUUGUACUUUCUUAAAAAAAUUAUUUAUUUUGAAAACAGAGGAAAAGCAUGCUAUUAAAUGUUUACAAUUGAACACUUGUAUGUUUUGAGAUAUUGCACUACAAUUUCCUAAAAAGUCCUCUUACUCUCAUAGAACUCCUCUACAUUGGGCCUGUGAACGUGGCCAUGAGGAUGUGGUCACUCUUCUGGUAAACAGAAAGUGCAACAUUAACAGCCGUGACAGUGGAAACAGGACGCCUUUGAUGCUGGCUGUGAAUUGCCAGCAUCAAAAUUGUGCCUGUAUUCUUCUGGAGCACAACGCCAAUCCACAUCUUCGGGAUAUGUUCAACCACCCUGCUCUCUUUUAUGCUGCGAUGCGGAACAGUGCACCACUGAUAGAAAUACUGCUUUCCUAUCGUGCAGAUAUUGAAGCAUCGGACCAGGAUGGAAUCACACCACUUUUUUAUGCUAUAUCUUUCAAGAGUCAGAAAGCAAUGGAAUGUUUGUUAAAAAACCAGGCAAAUAUACAUGCAGUUGAUAACUGCGGACGAACAGUUCUCAUGGCUGCUGCAGAGCAUGGCACACCAGAUAUGGUCAAAAUCCUUCUUGAGCAAAAGGUUAAUGUCUUUGCUCGAGAUACACAUGGAAAAGAUGCAGAAGGUUAUGCUGUUUCUCGUGGUUCGACAAUAAUUCAACAGCAAAUUAUGGAAUGUAAAAAGGAGACAAUUGAAAAUGCCAAACAAAAAAAGGAGAGACUUGAAAAUUACAACCUAGCUGGAAAGUCUUUGCAAGGAUCCCUGUUUCUGGCCUGA